GUACUAUUUGGGUGGUGGAUCAUUCUCAGCACUGCAGUAACACAGACGUGGUGGUGGUGUGUUGCACUGGUAUGAGUGGAUCAGAGGAGUUUUUAAACACUGUGUCCAGAAGCCCCACCAUAUAAUUAUCUUGAGCCAUGACACCACUCUGUUGCCGUGUUUGGGGAUUUGUGCUAUACUGAGUAUUACGGUAUAUUUUUAAUGUGCAUAUUUCUAAAUGUGUAUCUAGACUUUUGACCACAUGUUGUCUUUCUGCUGCAUCUAAAGGAGUUUACUCUUUGCUGAGCUCACUCAAGUCUGUUUCUUGAAGCAUAGAACUGUGAAGAGCGUCCAGGACUGACAGAAACUUUGCUGGUCUCAUCAGAAAAGAAACGGCGCCACCUCGUGGCUGUAGACAGACAUGCACUUUGGCCUCCAUGCUCCUCACUCCAGCCCAACAGGUGGCAGCAGUGCACCAAACAACUGGGUCAUCCAGCUCCAUUAGCAGAAGAAGGAGAGGAGCUGCAGAGGCUCUGAUCGGUCAGUAGAUCCUCACCUGGAGUCCAACACUGAGAGACCUACAGAGGCCAGACCAGAAGAUGAGCAGCGUUAAAGAGGAAUGUGAGGAUGUCAGUGUGAUGGAGGUGACUGGACUGAAGACAGAAGACCAGCAGAUGGACAAAGGAAAGCUGCUAUGUGAUGUCAUCAAGAAAGAGCAACCACCAGAUUUGAAGUCAUCUCAGGAAGAAUCUGACCAAAACACUGAGCAGGGAAACAGCCUCAGUGACGCCUCCCACCGGAAAGAUCACUCAAGAAUUCAUACUGGAGAGGAGCCGUUCACCUGUUCACAGUGCGGGAAGAGUUUGUCGUCAGCGAGAUCUCUGAGACGUCACGUGGACGUGCAUGAAGGAAGGAGACCUCAUCAGUGCCCUCAGUGCGAGUGGAGCUUCAAGCAGUUAUCGGAUUUAAAACAGCAUGAAAAGACUCACACUGGCGAGAAGCCGUUCUCCUGCCCCGAGUGUGGCAAACAGUUUUCACAGGCAAACAACCUCAAAGCCCACCUCCGGGUUCACACUGGAGAAAAGCCCUUCGUCUGCGCCGAAUGCGGGAGGAGCUUCAAAACCGCGGGCGCUCUUGGACUCCAUAGACACAUCCACACGGGAGACAAGCCUCACCGGUGCUCGCGGUGCGAGAAGAGCUUUGUUCAUCUCUCACACCUGAAAGCCCACGAAAGGAUUCACACAGGAGAAAGGCCUUUCAGCUGCAUUGAGUGCGGGAAGAGCUUCACUGCCGCCAGGAGCCUCACGUUUCACAUGUACAGACAUUCCGGGGACAAACCUCACCAGUGCUCCCAGUGCCAGAAGAGCUUCAUCUAUCUCACAGACUUUAAGGCUCACCAGAGAAUUCACACCGGAGAGAAGCCGUUCAGCUGCCCCCAGUGCGGGAAGAGGUCUUCGAGACUGUCCAUCAUUAAAAUCCACAUGAGGGUUCAUGCAGAAGAAAGACCCUUCAUCUGCUCUCAGUGCAGAAAGAGUUUUAAGAAGGUGGAGCAUCUAAAGGCACAUCAGAGGAGAUACCACCAAAGAGUUUGUGGGUCAACACGUUGAAGGAGAGACUUUAUUAUUAUUAUUAUUAUUAUUAGAUGUUUCAUAGUGCAUUUUACAUAAUGUAUGAGAGAUAGCACUGACAGACACACGGGUAUUUUUUUUAUUCCAAUUCUGAAAAGGCGAGGCAGACACCGUGGGAUUUUAGAGUUGUUGUUCUUUGGUGACUGACACUUUACGUUUGAGUCGCCCAUUGUGUUCGGACAAAGCCUACGAUUUAUGUAUUUACACUAUGAAAACACUCGGUCCGACUAACCUGGCGCGACACGGGCGCUCACAGGCCCUACAGUCGCUCUGUCUGCAAUAAAGGCGUUUCAUUUCAUACAACCCGCUGCGUCUCUGAGUCCGAGGACAAACAGGGCACUGCUUUGGUGCAGAAGCCACUGACAAACAGCUACAACAGCUUUGCUAUCGCUACAGUGUGCACUGAAGCUGAAGAACAGGCGGCUCUCUGACGACAGAAAUCACUAACUAUUUAUACCUCAUGAUUCAACUCGUCAGGCCGCUCACACUACAUUUGAAGCACCCAUCGUGCUCAGCCAAAGCUAAAGUUUGAGAAACUAGCGUUGCUCAUUACUCUAUGAUGUUUAAAACCAAGCUUAAAUUUGUGUUUGAAUCUGUAAAGAUAUGUUGUUGAGAGGGUUUGGUGUGAAAUGAUUCAGACGUCUUUACAUCGGUGGUGAUGGGAACCAGGCGUCGCCAUGACUACAACACAGAUAUAGACAUUUUAUUUACCAUCCAGAACCACCAGAGAACCUA